AUGCUCGCCGCACGUGUCUCUCGCGCUACGCCGCGCCUCACCCAGCAGCUGCGCACUCCCGCCCAGCGUCGCUUCGCUAGCACCAACGAGUUCAUCAAUGAGCGCCAGCACAUCAAGGAGCACGCUCAGGGCACCACCGAGCUGUGGAGGAAGAUUUCCCUCUACGGUGUUGCGCCCUGCCUUUUGUUUGCUGGAGCCAACGCAUACUACCUGUGGACUGAGCACUGGAGCCACUGGGACCACAUGCCUCCUCUGGAGGAGCGCACCGAGUACGCUUACCAGAACAUCCGCACCAAGAACUACCAGUGGGGUAACGGCGACAAGACUCUUUUCUGGAACGACGACGUCAACUUCCACCGCAAAGAUAAGGUCUAA